UACACCUCAUUACAACCGAAACCGAGGCAUGGCGCUGUUUGCUCUACUGUUUGCGCUUCUGGCCGCUUGGUCAUCUCUGAAGGCUUCAGACGCGCAUGAUGAGCACGGUCCUCCUGUACAGGUGUUGGCCAAUGCCAUCUUAGGCCACUCGGCGUUGUCUUAUCACGAGGACGUUCCUGCAAAGGGAACUAUUUGUGAUGCUCCAUUGGGUUUAUCAUCUGGCUUCAUUUCUUCAAGCCAGAUUUCAUCUACAGUACCUUAUGAUGUCCAUCACGAUAUCAAUGGUGUUCGCCUUCUUCGAACUGUGCAUCCUGUAUUCGCCUAUUGUACCAAAGUAAACGAUGUUAACCAAUGGGUCCAGGUUGAUUUCAAAAAACAAAUGAAAGUUACUGGAGUGGCCACUCAAGGACGAUAUAAAUUUGAACAGUGGGUGAGAAGGUAUUCCAUAUCAUACAGCUCUGAUGGACAAACAUGGCUACCUUACGAAGAAGAUGGAGAAACAAAGGUAUUUCAAGGAAAUGGAGAUCAAAAUGGUGUCGUAAAAAACAAUUUUGCUCUGCCCGUCUUUACUCGAUACAUCAGGUUCAAUCCAAAGGUUUGGUUCGGUCAUAUCUGUUUUCGACUGGAAUUCUAUGGAUGCCAGGAUGUUUGCAAUUCUGGAUUGGGAAUGGUGUCAGGAGCCUUGGAUUCAUCACGUCUAGCCGCUUCCAGUAUUUUCAACGACAUACAUGAUGAACGCGGUUCACGACUUCUCACUACUACUAACGGUGCAAGGUCUUUGUCCACUCUACACGUCAACACCGAUCAGUACCUACAAGUUGAUGUUGGCCUUGUCACUACUGUAACUGCAGUUGCUACUCAAGGAAGAGACGCUUUGGACCAAUGGAUUAAAACAUACUCAUUGAGUCACAGUAAGGACGGAUCUACUUGGUUUGCAUACAAAGAGAAUGGACAAGAAAAGGUAUUUAGUGGCAACAGUGACUUCCGACAAGUAGUGACUCAUCACCUCUCAGUGCCAAUCACUGCUCGGUAUAUUCGAUUUCAUCCCAAAACAUGGAAGGUACAUAUUAGCUUUAGAGUUGAAGUGUUUGGAUGUCCUCGUGAAUGUGACUUUCCACUAGGGAUGACUACUGGAGUACUUGACUCGUAUCAUGUUACAUCAUCAUCCGAUCAUGAUUUCAAUCAUGACCCGAGGAGUGCAAGGCUCUUGACUGACACACUUGUUGGUUCGUGGUCUAGUAAACAGCUUGAUGUUUUCCAAUGGCUGCAAGUUGACUUUGGAAGUUUACGGAAGGUGACGGCUGUUGCAACUCAAGGGCGACUUUGGUUGGACCAAUGGGUCACUAGUUAUCAUGUUAGCUUCAGUAAUGAUGGCCAAAGUUGGACUUUGUAUCAUGAGGCAGGGAAAGAGACUCCUGAGGUGUUUCAGGGAAACACUGAUCGAGACGAAGUUACCAAGAGCGGUUUCUAUCCUCCAGUCAUUGCUAAGUUUGCUCGUGUGCUACCACAAACAUGGGUGGGCCACAUUUCGAUGCGCGUGGAAUUCUACGGUUGCCGUAUCUGAUUGGGUACAGGGCAAAGCAUUCGAGGCAAGUGAUUAGACUUGACAAGUUGCUCUAGUUUACACUCGGCUUUUCCUAGCAGAAAGUCGUACAGCUAAAUGGCAUGUUUGGUUGCACAGCUGAUCGCAUGUUCAGCUUAGAUGUUGGAAAUUAGUUAGUUGAAAGAAUAAGCACAGAUCAGUUG